CUCAACUUCAAUCUAGGGCUAUGUGCAUUAUAAAGUAAUAAGACCCUAACAUAUUGGAGAAGAAAUAUCCAAACUACAACUUGUAGUCUACAACAACUCACAAAGCCGGUGGUGUCUCGAGAGAAAGAGACAAGAUUAAUGUAAUCAUCAUAGACACAUUCGGUCCCACACACUAAUGAUCAAACUCCAUCCAUCCGUUGAUUCCAUCCACAAUCUUUCCUCUUUUAGCUUGCUUUUAUCUUCUUCUAUUCUAGGCAAACAUUUUGUGAAGAAAAAGAGACAACAAUGGUGACUGAAACCUCGAUUGAAUUCAAUCCUUAUAUGGAUCGCAAAGCUUUCGAUGAGACGAAAGAAGGAGUCAAAGGGUUGGUCGACGCUAAAAUCACUCAAGUCCCUCGUAUCUUCCAUGUCCCACAAGAUUCCUUGACAGGCAAGAAACCCUCUGUCUCAGACCUAAAAAUCCCUACCAUCGACUUGGACACAGCGUCACGUGAAGCCAUUGUAGAGAAGGUCAAGAAUGCGGCUGAGAAGUGGGAAUUUUUUCAGGUCAUCAACCAUGGUGUUCCUUUGAACGUUCUUGAAGAGAUUAAAGAUGGAGUUCGUAGGUUUCACGAGGAAGAUCCUGAGGUCAAGAAACAAUAUUUUUCGCGUGAUCUCGUCAACAAAAACUUUGUAUACUAUAGUAACUUCGAUCUAUACAGCUCUUCGACUUCUGUUAACUGGAGAGAUACUUUCACUUGUUACAUAGCUCCAGAUCCUCCAACUCCCGAGGAACUCCCAGUGACUUGCAGGGAUGCUAUGUUCGAAUACUCAAAACAUGUGAUGAGUUUAGGUGGUUUACUCUUUGAGCUUCUCUCAGAAGCACUAGGUUUGAAAUCUGAGACCCUUAAGAGUAAGGAGUGCUUGAAGACUUUGCUUAUGAUCUGCCAUUAUUACCCACCUUGUCCACAACCUGACCUAACUUUGGGGAUAAGUAAACACUCAGACGAUUCCUUCCUCACGAUUCUUCUUCAAGACAACAUCGGUGGUCUACAAAUUCUUCAUCAAGACUCUUGGGUUGAUGUCUCUCCUUUUCCUGGAGCUCUCAUCAUCAACAUUGGAGAUUUUUUGCAGCUGAUAACGAACGAUAAAUUUGUAAGUGUGGAGCACAGGGUUCUUGCAAAUAGACAAGGACCAAGGAUAUCAGUUGCAAGCUUUUUUAGCUCAAGUAAACAUCACAAUUCCACAGUUUAUGGACCAAUGAAAGAGCUUCUGUCUGAAGACAACCCUCCAAAAUACAGAGACAUUACCAUAAAAGAAUACACAGAAGGAUACUUUGAGAAAGGUCUGGAUGGAACAUCACAUCUCUUGAAUUUCAUGAUUUGAAUAAAAAAUCACGUAAAAUUUUUUUUAUGGUGUUUCUUAGCAUCAUUUACUCUUUUCGUGGUAUCGAUGUACCAGACACUGUAUAUGUGGAUCUUUCUACUUAAUUUAGUCAUAUGGAUCAGACUCUAUAUGUGGAUACUUCUACUUUAGUCAUAUUUAUCAGACUA